AUGCGACAAAGUGACCCGGUCCUACGCUUGCAAGCCUACAACAGAAUAAAUCACUUGGAGGACGUUAUCAAAUACAAUUACGAGAACGCCGGCACAGAAGGUGCGAAUCCUGGUGAUCAAUCAGCUUGCCCAACAGGACAGGAAAACUUUCGAGAAGUCCUGCAGGGCCACAGUGGGUCGGACGAGACUUAUCGCAAGGCGCUGGUAUACGCUCAGCACACCGGCUGCGCUGAUGGCAUCGACGAGGCAUUGAAAGGAAGUGGGGCCGACAAAGACUUUGAUGCGCUCCUUCUCUUCGACCGCAGAGGCGCAGGUCAGGAGAAUGCAGCACAAGCAGGUAAUCAUUUACAGUCAUGCGUCCUCGUAGAUACGUGA